AUUAUAAAAAGCCAGCCUUCAGCCCCAGAGCUAUAACCUCACUGCUGUUCCCAUCUACCAUCAGGCUCCGGGAAGGAAGAUUCCUCCUCUCCCCUCCUCCAAGUGACAAAGCCUGCGCGCGGCGCCACCAUGCGGCGGAAGGCGGUAUCGCUCUUCUUGUGCCACCUGCUACUCUUCGCCUGCGGCGGGGUGGAGGCAGGCAAAAGAAGACAGGCAAAAGAAGAGCGCUCGGAGGACGGCGGCUCCGGGGUCUGGGGCGCCCUGACCUACAUGGCUGUCGGAGGAGGGCUCCUGGCCGCGGGGCUGCCCGUUCUGGGCUUCACGAGCGCGGGCAUCGCCGCCAACUCUGUGGCCGCCUGGUUGAUGAGCUGCUCCGCGGUGGCGAACGGGGGCGGUGUGCCCGCCGGGGGGCUGGUGGCCGUGCUGCAGAGCCUCGGGGCUAGUGGUGGCAGUGCCCUCAUGGGCAAGAUUGGUGCCUUUCUGGGCUACACUGUCCACAAACACCUUGAAAACAGCCGGGAGAAGGAGAAGGAAGUGGAGGAGUAGGAGUAGGCGGAGGCUCCCAGAAAGCCCUCCCUUCCAAUUGUAGUCGAGAGCUUUCUGUCACGCUCAUCAAUGACCUAAGUGGAAAAAGCAGAAUAGAAUCCUGUCAGAAAACA